AUGGCGAUUGUCACUCGGACCACCACUUCUUCUGGAACGCGCACUACCACGACUUCAAGCAUACCGAUGUGGCUUGUUAAAUUGAUAACAGUGAUCUUGUGUUCGGUGAUUCUUUUCAUCAUCUAUCUCCUCGACAACUCGGUGCGCACCUAUUACGCACGCACCUUCAUUUUGAUCGGUUUGACGUGUGGAGCUCUGCUCGGCUGGUCGAUUGGAUCCGUUUUACAGCAGUUUCUCUCCUACAGGAAUGUGGAAAUCAUCAUCAAUUUGAUACUGACCGCUUUGUCUGGUUUAUCGGCGAUUCUUCUCAUCAUUUAUCUCGUCGAAACCAAUGACUCCUCGGGAUCGCAACGUUUCAAACUGAUGAUCGGAGCGGCGGUUUCCUUUGUGAUCCAAGCGUUCGUUUGCUUGUUGACACUCUCGUGGGCCUGGUACGGAAACGUGAUCAUUGUGCGAAGUGUU